AUGUUAUACCUAUGCUUUAUCUUGACGGCGCUGGCGUCUACUGCUCAACAUUCAAAAGCAAUCGAUUGUCCUGCAUCAGCUCAGGGUCCCAUCAGCCUACCGGUGCGCAAUGUCACCCUUGCAGGGCAGCAUGUCCGCCGAGGACUGGAAAUUCAGCUCGGCACGCCCUCGCAGCCGUUAGCCGUCGCGGUCUCCAGCUGCCGGAACAAUUCGUAUUUCUACGACCAGAGCCCCCAAUGCGGCUCCCUCGUGACAGACACCUGCAUUGCCAAUCGAGGGGGUGCUUUCAAUGAAAAUCUGUCUUCCACUUUGACGAGCGAUGCAGGAUUCGGAGCUUUCGGCAACCGCGAUCCUCAACUGACCAUGGACGACACAACCAUGUUGGUCAACACGGACACAUUUUCUGUCAACAGCUCCUUCGCGAUCGAGCAGUUUCAAUUCGGCGUGCCUCGUGAGGAUGUGGGCGACUUCUCCGUCUUGGGCCUGGCAAAAGAUUCGAGCUUGCUUUCUAUGCUACGAAAUGCAGGCGACAUCGCGUCUCUCAGUUACUCGCUCUACUGGGGCCAGACGGGCACCAGCCCCGAACAUCAGCUUGAUGGAGGCCUUGUCAUCGGAGGGUUGGAUAUGGCAAAGGCCGUGGGCCAGAACUAUACCACUAGCCUGAAUCGUGCCUCGGCGUGCCCGUCAGGCAUGCUCGUUUCGGUGUCGGAUAUGACUUUGGAGUUUCCCAAUGGAACCUCAGCCAGUAUCAUGGGCACCGGAGUUGGGCAGACCGUCAACUAUUGCAUUCUCCCGGAGUACCCUCUUAUCACGAUGCCUUUGGAUCUGUGGGAUCAGUGGGUGGCGGCGUAUCCGCAGUCAGCCACGGAUGGGAAUGCAGAUGCGAGAGCUGGAGGACAACCCAACGUUUGGGGCCUCGUCUACCCGCCGAGCCUAGCGUUUGAUGGAGAUCUCAAAAUCACGAUCGACAACAGUCUUGACAUUACAAUCCCUGGACACCAACUUGUGCAAUACUACUACACCUUCGACGACAAUGGAGACGCCGUCGUCAAUGGCUCUGUCCUCGAGUUAAUGAUCAAUCCACUCCAAGAUGUGAAUAAGAAUGACCUGCCCCAGUUUGGAAUGACUUUUCUGCAGGCGGCAUACCUUCAUGUCAACUUCGAUGACGACACUUUCACUCUUUGGCAGGCGAAUCCUACCGACUCUGAAUCACUCGUUGCUGUUGGUCAAUCCGUGCUUGGGUGUUCUGCUACCCCUACGACUGCUACCACAUCAUCUUCUCGCUCUGCGGUAGCCACUGCUUCUCCAACACACACACCCAACGCGACACUAUCCUCUGGAACCAUAGCAGCCAUUGCCGUCUGCGUCGUUGUUGCGGUGGCACUUGUUGCAGGCGCCACGUUCUGGGUCUUAGCUCGCCGACGACGGAGUCUGCGACGCGGAGCAGCCGCGGAAGGGGUCCGUCCAUCGGACAAAUCUGAGACGGGCGGAUACCCGCCGAUGUUGACUCAAAAGCCAGAGCUGGAUGCAUCAAAUACCGGUAUUAACCAUAGUCAGAAACGCCCGCAACAUGUGCUGCCGUCGGUGGUGGAGUUGCCCUCUGAGAGGUAUGAGUGA